AUGUCUACGUUAGAAUCCAACAAUAAUAAUUCAAUUCAAAAUCAUUCAAUCAUAAAUUUCGAUGAACAAUCUCCAAACAUUAAUUCUGAUGAGUUUUAUCAUAUUAAUGAUAGUUAUGAAAGUAUUGAUUCAGAAUCAAACUCCAAUAUUAUCAAUAAUUUACCUGUUUCUGAUGUAUGGAAUCAUUUUGAAAAAAUUGAAGAUUUGAGAACUAUGGAAAUUAAAUCUUACAAAUGUAAUUUAUGUGCGAAACUAUAUAAAUCUUCUUGUGCAACUUCUACACUUCGGCGUCACCUAAACAAUAAACAUACUUCAAUUUAUUCGAAUAAUAGUAGACAAACAACACUCACUUCUUACCAAUUUCGACCUUAUAGUGAAGCAGAAUCUAAGCAUAUUACAAUACGUAUGAUUGAAUGGAUUGCUGUAAAUUUACAAUCAUUUUUAGUGGUAGAACAAGAUCAAUUUCAUCAAUUUGUUGCAGCAUUAAAUCCUCAAUAUAUAAUUACAU